AUGUCUACCAGCGUGUUUGACUACAAGCUUCAUCGUCGCAGACGUAUUGUGCGCAGCUUCUGAUAGUCCAAUCAGACCAAAGUUGUUUUCUUCAACACUGUUCUUGUGUGGCAUUUGUACAGUAUCCCAAACGAUUCUGGGUUUACGACUCCCAAUUUUUCAAGGACCGUCAUCAACAUUUUUACCAGUUCUACUCGCUUUACAGAACGAUAUUGAAUGGUCAUGUAACCAUGUAACUAAGACCACUGAAGGUGAUGCGAUGGGCGGCCAGAACAUUUCGCUAAUUACUGAUUUCAACAUAUCUGAAUAUGCUUCCACACUCAGACUUUCCGAAACUGAAAAGCUGCAGAAGUUAUCUGGAAGCCUAAUGGCAGCUUCACUGGUUGAGAUAUUUAUUGGUGCAACAGGUGUUGUCGGGGCUCUGCUUCGUUACAUUGGACCCGUGACUGUGGCGCCUACAAUAUCACUAGUUGGGUUUUCUUUGUACAAAAUCCCAAUACUUUAUUCAAGACCUUCAUGGGAAAUUGCUUUGGCAGGUGCUGUGACGGUGAUCGUCUUUUCCCUUUUCCUUGAAAACGUACAAAUACCACUCCCUUCAUGUGGAAGAAACAACGAGAAACGGAAGAGGAGCGCUGUACGACUUUUCGGGUUAUUUCCGAUCUUGCUAAGCAUCAUGUUGAUGUGGACGAUAUGCGCCCUCCUCACUGUCACCGACGUCUUCCCAGACGACCCUGGCAGUGUUAGUUAUAAAGCCAGGACCGACGCUAAAUCCUCCCUCGUCUUCCGAACGCCUUGGCUGAUUUUCCCAUACCCAGGUCAGUUUGGAAUGCCAGGAUUCAGCCUUGCUGUGUUUAUCGGGUUUAGCACGGCAUUCUUUUCCUCCUUUGUCGAAUCUGUUGGGGAUUAUUUUGCUGGGGCGAAGGCAUGUGAAGUCGAUACUCCACCAAAUCACGCGGUAAACAGAGGGAUUCUCAUGGAGGGGCUUGGUGGACUCCUUUCUGGUGCUGUAGGUGUCGGCCACGCUACAACGUCUUACAGUGGCAACAUUGCAACAAUCUCUGUCACGAAGACAGGGAGCAGAUCCGUGAUGGUAUGUGCUGGAGUCAUGCUGAUCAUCUUUGGCUUCCUUGGAAAGCUUGGGGCUGCUUUAGCAUCUGUACCAGAUCCAGUUUUAGGGGGUGUUAUGAUCAUCAUCUGUGGAAUGCUCGUCUCGAUAGGCUUUUCGACCUUACGUUAUGUCAACUUGAACUCGUCCAGAAACCUGGCAGUUUUGGGGUUGUCAUUCUUUGUAGGUGUUUUCCUGCCAGAAUGGAUUGACAGGCACCCUGAUAUUAUCAACACAGGAAACACCGAGGCAGAUGCGGUUUUGAAAGUUACUUUGGGAACACACAUGUUCGUGGGUGGUAUGGUCGCGAUGAUCCUUGACAAUACUGUGAAAGGCACACUAGAAGACAGAGGCAUUGCAAUGUGGCGAAAACAUCAUGACAUCGACUCUAGUCCUCAAGAAGAGAACGAAGGCUCUAACACGAUUUCUUCAUCGGUUGCAUAUGGCUGGAAGUGUGUACCAAGUCUGUACAACAAGUUACACAUCCUCUCAUACCUACCCUUCAUGCCUCCGAGACAGAGGUGAACCGAAUACAUGGACAUGUUCUCUCGACAAAGGCAUCCUGUAGCCAUACAUUCAUGGCUUGAAUUUUAAAUGUAUUGUUUACAUAACUUGACAUUAAAUAUCUGCCAAAAUAUUGACAUGCCAUUCAUCGUACUUUACAUCUGACAUGAACCAUUAUACAUAUACUGAACAACAAAAGUUGAUGUGACAUUGAAUAAGAUUUAAUGCAAAGUUAUGUUUU